GAAUGGCGAGAGGAGCAUGAGAGGAGAGAGAGAGGGGAAAGGGGAAAAAGCGGAUUUCACUUCCCCCGUUUUAUAAUUCCAGGCGGUGAGAGAGCGAUUCCGUUCCGAGGCUUUUCUACAGGGAAGGGAAGGGGCGAUCGAAAGGCGGUUUUCUUGGAUAGCGGUAUUCGCAGUGAGGUGGUUUUGAAGAAAAGCGGGAUUAGGGUUUGGAUGGUAGGAGAAGAGAGGUGGUGGGGAUUGUACUACGCCAUGAGUGCAAAUGGUAGCAGGAUGGAGGACGAGUAUAUAAGCAGGCAUCACCAGCACCAGCCCCGAGAAAAUCAGUGCAGCUCCACUCUCGUGAAGCAUAUCAAAGCUCCCGUCCAUCUCGUUUGGUCUCUGGUGAGGAGAUUUGAUCAGCCACAGAAAUAUAAGCCCUUUGUGAGCAGAUGUGUCGUGCAGGGGGAUCUCGAGAUUGGGAGUGUCAGAGAAGUGAAUGUCAAGUCUGGCCUCCCGGCCACGACCAGCACUGAACGGUUGGAGCUUCUCGAUGACAACGAGCAUAUCCUCAGCGUCAGGAUUGUUGGCGGCGAUCACAGGCUUAGGAACUACUCGUCCGUCAUUACUCUCCAUCCAGAGAUCAUCGACGGGAGACCUGGGACGCUGGUGAUCGAAUCAUUCGUGGUGGACGUGCCUGACGGGAACACCCAGGAUGAGACAUGCUACUUUGUGGAGGCCCUAAUAAAGUGCAACCUUAAGUCACUGGCGGACGUGUCAGAGCGGCUGGCAGUGCAGGACCGGACCGAGCCCAUCGACCGAUACUGAGACUGGAGGGGGGUAGAAUAGUGUAUAGGCUCCGAUCGCCAUGGAUGAAGCUUCCGAGGCUUUCGGAUCUCGGAAGCUUUGGAGACAGACUGGUAUUAGCUCUUUUUCCGUCUUCUGGAGCCCCCAACUCUCUCUCUCUCUCUCUCUCUCUCUCUCUCUCUCAUAUCUGCUUUUGUUUGUUUUCCGUUUCCUUAGAAAUGACGACGAUGGGAUUUCCUGUGUCUUAGUAGGGAUCAAGAACCACAUAUCUUCUUCCACAGCACUCCAAAACCUAUCCAUGAAAAUGAGAAAAGAAAUUCCCAGAAAAAAAAAAAAAAAAAAAAAGGAUGAGUAGGCGCUCUGUUAUUUUUUUCCUUUUCUACGUUCUUCAUGGGUUUUGGCUUUUGUUGGUGGGUUAUGUCAUUUGCCUUCAUAUCUAGGGUUUGUAAAUAUCUCUGCACCCGCCACUGACACAACCUAUGUUUGUGUUUUUAUAUGAUGAUGAUGGCUUUUAAUGGGAGGGGUGACUGUAGCUGUGAGUUGCAGAGAUAUAUAUAGAAAGAGGUUGUUGCUUUCA